AUGGCAGAGCUUAUUCCAAGCUUGCGAGGAGCCUUUGACAUUUUAUACCAAACUGGGCAGGACAAACUCCUCUACCUCAAGUACAAGUUGAAGACCUCUCGACCAGGCACCAAAGCCAAGGACCUCCUGUAUGCCAUGGUCCUCCUGACCCUGGGACAGGAGAGAGAGGCCAGGAUCUGCUUGGACUCACUAAAAGGAGAUAAGGUGUCACUUUCUGUGGCUAGGACAUGGGAAGGGGCUGAGCCCCUCUUGAACCAGGCAGACCAUUUUGCACCUGAGGAGCAGGCGGAUAUCCAGUUGACUGUUGCCCGUAUUUACCAGUUGCUCGUAGAAGAGAAUCUGUGUGAUGCUUCAUCCCGAAACAAGGCCUACGCAGCUGCCCUACAGGCCUUCCACCCGUGUCACGAUGCAAAGUUGGACAGCAUUUUGGCUGAGGCCCAGGACCUAUGUGGCCAUGAUAUCUGUGGAGCUGGGAGUUUCCAUUCACUCAGGUCAGACAGGAGCUGCUUUCCAGUGUCCUCAGCCCCAGCCUCCAGGACCAAUAGCCACCCCAUGCCUAUCAGCGCCAGGUCAGGUCGGCUGGCAACUAAGUCAUCUCCCCAAUCCUUACACUCUACUGGUAGUCCUGCCUCUUUUGCUAGUGACCUGGAGAUCAGUCAGUCCCCUACUUUACCCUUCCUUACCUACCAGCAUCAGAAAAGGAGCCAGAGAGAGCCUAGUAAACUGUGUGGGGACCCUCAGACUAAUUCCACACAGGAUUCUGCACCACAGACCAGGCAGGAGCCGGAGGAAAUGAACUUGCCUUCUUCUCAUCCAGCUGCCUCACUCCAUGAGCAGCCAGAUAGCUUGGCCUCAGUGGUUUCUGAUCCUCAGCCUCCCAGCCCUUCUAUUUCCCCACCCCCUACAACCCCAGUGGACCCUGAAACCAGUUUACAUUCUUCCGUGGAAUGUUCUGAGGCACUUUCUGACACCAAGUCUCUGCAGCCAGCCUCAGGGAAGCCUUUGGAAACUCUCAUCUCCAAAGAGGGUUCCGGGUUGCUCCCAGGAUUGCCUCCCAUGUCGGUCCCCCCUGUUGGGGAAGUGGAGACCACUCAGUUCUCUGUGCAAGAGAGUAAUUGUUCAGAGGAAGUUUCAGACCUAAGACUUCCUUUCUCUACCCAGGAUCCUUCUCCAUCACCUCUGUCUUCUUCACUGAUCUCUGGCCCUGAGCUGGACACAGGCCAGCGCUUCUUCAGCUUUGUGGUCCUCCACGCCCAGGAGGAUGAAGCCAUCGCCCUUCGAGUCCGAGAUACCCUAGAGAGCAUGGGUGUACCAGAUGGUGCCACCUUCUGUGAGGAGUUUCAGGUUCCCGGCCGUUUUGAGUUAAGGUGCCUGCAAGAUGCCAUCGACAACUCCGCCUUUACAUUGCUACUGCUCACGAGGCAUUUCAAUUGUGCUAUGAGUCUUCAUCAGGUGCAUGUGGCGCUGAUGAACUCCAUCAUGAGGAGGGACAAGCAGAACUCGGUUAUCCCCUUUCUUCCACGAGAGAGCAAACUGAAAUCCACUGAAGUCUCCCAACUGCUCUCGGGUCUGGUGGUCCUGGAUGAGAGCUCUCCUGUCUUCAGCAGGAAAGUGAAUAGGACCUUCAACCCUCGGAUGCUAAAAGCCCAGAGGGAAGCGUGGAAGAAAGAACAGGAAAUCCGGGCGAUCCACAAGCAGACCCAGCAGAUGGUAGAGGACAGAGAGAAGGUAUCUAAGAAGCACAGUGCCCUAUUUGACUAUGCACACAAUUAUAACCUUCUACACCAACAAUUACAGACUCUCAACUUGGCUUUCCCAAAUCAGGCAUCCUUCGUUCCAGGGUACAACAUGCCGCUGCCAUAUCCUUGGCAACCUGCCUUCUCCCCCCAGGUCCCCACUACUCCCUCAGCUUUCCACCCCAAUCAGUUUAUCCCACCCAUGCCUUUUCAACAUGGGUCUGGUUCAGCCGCACAACCAAACCCUCAGGGUGCAGGAGGCCAGCCCCUUAUCAUCCAUAAUGCUCAUAUGGUACAAUUGGGUCUCAACAACUACAUGUGGGGCCGGAAUGAAGGGCAGGGCCUCCAGGAGGAGGAGAGAACUGAGGAAGAGUGAGAGGACCCCGAGAAGAUCUUUUGUGAGGUUGGGUUUGCUGCAUUAUCCAGCUCUUCCAACGCAGCCUCUUCUGCUUUAAGAGUCUAUUCACUUCUGCAGGGCCUUUGUUUUUCAUCUGUAAAAUGAGUGUUUAAAAGGCCCAGGAGAGGCACAGAUCCCUGGGCCAUUCCACUGAGCAUCACUUCUCCUCAGCUGCCCUCAGAUCACUAAUGACUUCUCUUUGGGCCCCACCAUUAAAAAAACCCCAAGCAAAACUGAAUCCAUCUAAAUGUAUAAUUGUGGAACUCACAUUGUUCUGUUGGGCAAGGAAAUGAGUCCGGUUUAUGUAUAGACUGGACUUGAAGUGCCUUCUUACCAUUUUUAAAAAAACCUCUUACUUUCUGUCUUAAUAACAACUCUAAAACAGAAGAGCAAAGUCUAGGUAAAUGGGGAUAAGUGACUUGCCCGGGAGGAAGUGUCUGAAGCCAGAUUUGAACCCAGGGCGUACUCUAUCUCAGUGUGGCCGUCUCCCUGUUCCCCUUCUAGCUUUGAGAAUUCUAUGAGAAGUACUCGGGUAUCCUUCUGCCCUUGGGGUGACAAUAAGCCACACCUUAUUUUAGUACUGAAAGGUCCAACAGUCUAGUCAGGGUAGGCACUCUCCAUGAGCACAUACAAAUCCCAACCGUGUUUCACUUGACAUUAGCAAAUAGUUUCAUUAAAUGCUGCAAGCUGAAAAAAAAAAAAGGAUCUAUUGCCCAACUCUGUGAUGAUGGACUUCUCCAAAUUCAGCCAAGCUGGUCUUCUGGUGACAAUGUUAUCCCCCAGUCAGUCCUCUAAGUCCUUGCAGGCAGGCCUCUGGGAUGGCCAGAUUGGUAAGCACCUGGCAGAGCCUUUGUCCAAUAGGAUACCAUGAUGUCCCUAUGAAGAAAUGGAAGAAGGCUUCCCUGGGAUUGGACAUGGUGUUGACAAAUGCCCUUUUCUGUUCACAUUGAUGUUGGGGAGACAAUGGAUGGCUGAAUUGAAGGUCGAUUCAGUUCUUCUAUAAUAAAUAUUUAUUGAAUGCC